CUUCCUCGUGCCGUCAGACUGUUUCCGGUGUGUAACCAGCAGCUGGAGUGUGUCUGUAGUUUACUGUUGGGCCCUGUAAACUUUAAAGAAAAGAUGAACGCGCUGCUGCGGCGGGUCGGAACAUGGAGAGGGUUCCAUGUAUCAGCGCCGGCGGCGACCUUUGACCUGAGGAAAGUGGAACUGACGCCUCUGGAGCAGCGAAAACUCACCUUUGACUCCCACGCCAUGGUGACGGAGCUGGAGAGCAGCGGUUUUGAGAAGCGUCAGGCGGAGCUGAUAGUCUCAGCUCUGGUUACCUUGACGACAGCGAACAUGGACAUCGUUUAUAAAGACAUGGUGACCAAAUCACACCAGGAGAUCGCGGUGCAGCAGAUCUUCGCCCACCUGGACUCCAUCAGGAAGGACAUGGUGAUCCUGGAGAAGAGCGACUUCGCCAACCUGCGAUCUGAAAACAGCAAAAUGAAGCGGGAGCUGGAGCAGCUGCAGAACAGACUGAAGGAGGAGAGUCAGAAACUCCGAGCAGAAACCAAACUGGACAUCAACCUGCAGAGCAGCAGGAUCUCAGACAUGUUCACGGAGCAGGAGAAGAAGCUGAUGGAGGCGAGUACGGAGUUCCAUCACAAGAAAGCCGUCCUGAACCACGACAACAUGGAGAUCAACAAGAAGAUCGACCUGCAGGUGGCGUCACUCAAAACAGUGCUCGAGUCUCUGAAACUGGAGACGAUCCGCUACCUCGCAGCGACGGUGUUCUCCUGCCUCAUCAUCGCUCUGGGUGUCCACCGCCUGUGGAGGUGAACCGACUCGUUUGACUUGUCUUGAGACUAGACAAAAACUAGUUCCAGUGCAAACAGAUUGAAAACGUGUUGCUGCUACAAAACCCUGUACUCUGUAGUACUGGAGUAAAACACAGUUACUUCAAAUAGUUUUACUGCAGUACUACAGAGUACAAAUACUCUGAUACAAGUUGUACUCCAUUACUACAGAGUACAAAUACUCUGACACAAGUUGUACUCCAUUACUACAGAGUACAAAUACUCUGACACAAGUUUUACUCCAGUACUACAGAGUACAAAUACUCACAAGUUUUACUUUUUAUCCUUUGAGUACAUUCUGCUGAUAAUACUUUUGAACUUCAGUAAAACUUGUGUCAGAGUAUUUGUACUCUGUAGUACUGGAGUAAAACUUGUAUCAGAGUAGUUGUACUCUGUAGUACUGCAGUGAAAGUACUCAUUACACAGAAUAAUUUGAAGUAGCGGUUGAAUACCACUAGUGUGAAGUACUUGUGUAUAUUUACUCACAUACUGUAUGUAAGUACACUGUUAAAGUACUUGUACUUUAAAUACUUCUAUUUUAUCUGAUAUUACACAUCAUACUCAAGUAAAAGUACACAGGUAUACAGAGCUUCAUGUAGUUAGAGUACGAGCUGUGUACUUUUACUGCUUUGACUGCAUGAAGAUUACAUCAGAGGGAUUUAUACUGCGUUGUUAAACUACUGCUUCAUGUACUCAGUAAAUAAUCAGAGUACUUUUACCAGUACUGAAUAUUUCUCUCAGAGAUGUAGUGGAGUACAAAUAUUAAGUACUGAAGUAUCUGAGUAAACACACUGUGUUCAUGAAGAAAUGAAAAUAUAUUUCGACAUUUUUAAAGAAUAAAAACUUUGAUUUUUUUAAAACUUUGGUUGAAGACGUUUUACAGUCAGAAGGAAACAUGAAUAUUUAAUGAGCCUGUUAAUUUUAUUUUUAUUUGAUUGUGUUUUGAUUUGAAUUUGAACUGAUUUUUGUUUGUGUUUGAUUGACUGAGACUAAAGGAUGGUUUACACUAAAUACUUAAGAAGACAUUUUGUUUGUGUGACGGAGUGAAGGAGAGUCUGAGAGGGUCAAAGGAAAUAAACAUUUUAAAUCAGAAGG